AUGUCUACUUCUGAUACACCCUUAUUAGACCCUUUGCAGCAACAGCAGCCACCGCCGAUGGUGGUGGCAGCCCAACAGGCCUCCACAGGUCAUUCGGAUCAUGGGUCGGUUGGACCUGUUAUUGGGGUUCUCGCAGUGGUAGCAAUACUUGGUGCAAUUGCUGUGAUGAUUGGCAGGCUUUGUUCCGGUCGGAGAAUAAUGGGUCGUGGCCGGUACGAUUUUGAAGAAUGGGCUGAAGCUAAAUGCGCUUCUUGCAUUGAUGGUCAGGUUUUUCCGCCCCCGCCUCCACCCUUGGUGGUGGAGGACAGUGUCAGCAGCUCAUCCGGCGAAGCUGCCCCGGCGGUGGUGCCCCAAGAUGAAACACAAACACUUGAAGAAGAUAAAGUCCCGGAACAACAAAGUAAUUUGCAAAACUGA